UUGGAGUGAAAGCGCUGAGUGUUCUCCAAGCUGCGGUCCACUCUGAAGCCCACACAGGUCGUUGGCUAAAAAUGGCACCCAAGAAGGACGCAAAGAAGCCCGAGCCAGCCAAGAAGGCUGAGCCUGCACCUGCCCCAGCACCCGAGCCUGCGGCCCCACCCAAACCAGCAGCAGUGGACCUGUCUGGAGUCAAGGUGGAGUUCACUCCAGACCAGCUGGAAGAUUACAAGGAAGCCUUUGGCCUUUUCGACAGAGUGGGUGACAACAAGGUCGCCUACAACCAGAUCGCCGACAUCUGCCGCGCACUGGGACAGAACCCCACCAACAAGGAAGUCAAUCUGAUCCUGGGCAACCCCAGCCCUGAAGAGAUGGCCAACAAGAGGGUGGAGUUUGAGCAAUUCCUGCCCAUGCUGCAGUAUUUGGUCAACAAGCCAAACAAGGGGACCUUCGAGGACUACGUUGAGGGUCUGCGCGUCUUCGACAAGGAGGGCAACGGCACAGUGAUGGGCGCUGAGCUGCGUAUUGUCCUCUCAACGCUGGGUGAGAAAAUGUCAGAGGCUGAGGUCGAUGCCGUCAUGGCAGGCCAGGAGGAUGAGAAUGGCUGCGUCAACUAUGAGGCUUUUGUGAAACACAUCCUGUCAGUGUAAGUGGUAACAGUUUUGAGGAAGCACAUCUAUUUCUCCCGACCCCAUGGUGUCAGGACGUCCAUGCGCAGUUUCUCCAACCAGCGAGGAAAUGGAUUUUUCAAAACAAAGGACUAUGGGACGUCAACUCUAAGCCAUUCUUUUUGUCUAUUUAUGUCUUUUGUUUCCUUUUUCAUGUCCACUCUUGGAAGCCGUCUAUAUGAUUUUGCAGCAGUUGCUGUCCUGUUGCUUGCGCUGGG